GCGUGCUGUGGUGCUGCCACGGGCGUCUUUGUGUUGGUCUAGCCAUUCGCAGGCCGUCAUGACGUUCGCAAACGCGAGCUUCGCGCGUACCAUAUUGACCACACUGUGAGGUAGGCAUGAGCUGGUUGUAGCCCUUUCUUUCACCAUUUCCUGACAUGCCUACUGACGGCAGGCCACUGUUGGAAGCUCAAGGCUCCCAGACACGAUACGAUAUGAGCCAGAAGGUAGAAGGCCAGAGGAGGAAGAGGGUGCUCAUCGUGGGAGCUGGUGCUGCUGGCAUGUCCUGCGCGCAUCACCUCUCCGAGCAUCCAGACAAAUUCGAUGUAACUCUGGUCGAUGCGGUUAACUACUGUGGAGGACAGGCGUUCUCGAUACCACUGGAUAAGCAAAAGACGGGUGCAUCAUAUCUCAACCAAGGAGUGCAGGGAGGCUCGUACAUUUUCCACCAUACAAUGGCCAUGUUCGGCAGGAAUGGGUACUGGGCUGACCCUGUCGGACUGCAAGUGUCCUUUGGCAAAGGCGAGACGUUCUGGAGCAACGUGUACCCCACGAAGAUGUUGGAGAAGCACAAGGCAGAAGUGGUCAGGUUCUUCCGCAUGCUCAAGAUUAUUCGCACAUUCGAGAUCUUGUUUGCGCUGCUACCAAUCAAGUUUCUGGUCAAGAUCUUCAGGUUUUCUACCGAGUUCGCAAAUGCCGUAGCUCUGCCUAUGGUAGCUCUGUUUCUGGGAACUGGCAAUUAUGCGCCCGAGGUGCCUACUAUAAUGCUCGACCGACUCUGCACGAGUCCGACAUACGGCAUGUGGUAUCCUCCGGACAAGAACAGCGUGGCUUCGAACAUUCCUCCCAUGGUGGUCUUCCCCAACCUGAGCGACUUCUAUGAGACAUGGCGAAAGAACUUGCUCAAGCGUGGAGUCAACAUUCGCCUGAGCACUGAAGUCACCCAGAUCACACAGCGCAACAAGGACGGCGUGAAAGUCAAGAUCACUGGCCGGACGCCAGCCAAAGACAACCACAAUCCAAACUCUGCCUGGGCACCCGAUGAGACAUCAAAUGCCGAUGCAGAUAAAGUCGAGACGGUCGAAGACUACGACGAAAUCGUGCUUUGCGUCUUGACUGAUACCGCGAAGCGCCUACUUAAGCCCACCAUCACUGGCCUCGAAUCGAGAGUCCUUGGCUCGGCAAAGUUCGCCGACGAUAUCACAGUCACUCACCAGGAUCAUGAAUAUAUGAAGAAACACUACGAGAACUUCUACAACCAAGAGCUUGCCGUAUCUUCCAUCAACGGCGUCAGCAUGCAGGAAAGGAACGACUGGGCCAAGGACAACUUCAAAGCCAUGUAUCUCAUCCGAAUGUAUCCCCAAGACUUUACAAAGCUCGAAAUGUGCUUCGACUGCACCAACUACCAGCCGCAAUUCCCGCCUGAAGUGCCCUUCGAUAAGCACGUCUUCCAGACCAUCUUCCUGAACAAUGAUCGCGACAGCAAGCUGUGGACCAGGGACGAAAUUCAAAAAGACAAAAUCAUUAGAGAAGAUUGGUGGCAUCAACUCUGCCACUCUUGGACCCAUUACCUCUUUGUUGUGCCCUUCUUGAUGUUCCUUCAGGGCAAACGCCACACGCGCUUUGCUUCAUCCUGGACUCUGGUAAAUGCGCACGAAACAGCCUGUAUCUCUGGCAUCUCUGCCGCGGUGGAUCUCGGAGCGGAGUAUCCUGCUGAUUUGGAGCGAGACAAGUUCGCGUUCUUGGCGUUCAGGUUGUAUAAUUUGCUCGUUUACGGAAAGUGGAUCAAGCGAAAUUACACGAAGAAGACGAAGGAUGGUGAAGGGAAAGACUAUGCAACGGGCAAUGAAUAUGGAAGCGUGUAUAAUGGACCUGGUGUCAAUCCAGAUGAGGAGAGAAGGAUCUGGAAGCAGGAGGCUGAGGCCGGGAGGAGCUUAAGAGUUGAGGAUUUCAAUCAUGAGAGUGCAAAGACUGUUUGAGGGUCAUGAGAAAUAGUUCGUAAUGUAUGUUGAUGAAUUGAAGAUACUG